AAUAUAUAUUCACAUCCAUCUCGCCUCUCACCUUCCCAUCAUCAAAAUUCAAACACACUCACACCACUCUCUCUCUCUCUAGAAUCCAUCAAUGGAGUUGCUGCAGCUCGGUCUCGCCUCCCUCCUCUUCCUCCUCUCCGCCGCCAUGGUUUUUGUAGCGCGGAUGAAGCCGUAUUGCGCCUGCGAAACUUGCCAAACUUUCCUCACUUCGCGGUGGACGCUGAGGUACAACAAUUUAUGCGAUUGGUACACCCACCUCCUCGCCGAAUCCCCCACCGGAACGAUCCACGUUCACGUCCUCGGCAACGUGAUCACCGCCAAUCCGGCUAAUGUCGAGCACAUGCUGAAGACGAAUUUCGUCAAUUAUCCCAAGGGGAAGCAGUUCUCCGCGAUUUUGGGAGAUCUCCUCGGCCGCGGCAUCUUCAACGUCGACGGCGAUCUCUGGCGGUUCCAGCGCAAAAUGGCGAGCCUCGAGCUUGGGAGUGUGUCGGUGAGAUCCUACGCGUUCGAUAUCGUGAGCUCCGAGAUCGAAUCGAGGCUCGUUCCGAUUCUCCGAUCGGGAUCCGAUUUCGAUCUGCAGGAUAUUUUCCGGCGAUUCUCCUUCGACAGCAUAUGCCGAUUCUCCUUCGGAUCGGAUCCGGAGUGCUUAAUUCCGUCGCUUCCGGCGAGCGAUUUCGCGGCGGCGUUCGAUCUCGCGUCGAGGCUCUCGGCGGAGAGAGCCGUCGCGACGUCGCCGAUUGUGUGGAGGAUGAAGCGGUUUUUUAAUCUCGGAUCCGAGAAGAGGUUGAAGCAAGCGAUUAGAUCCGUCCACGGACUCGCGGAGGAGGUGAUUAGGCACAAGCGCGAGCACGGCGGCGGCGGAGAUCUCCUUUCGAGAUUCAUGGCGACCACCGACGACGACGUCUUUUUACGAGACAUCGUCGUCAGUUUCCUCCUCGCCGGCCGCGACACGGUGGCGUCGGCGCUCACCACCUUCUUCUGGCUGCUCAGCCGGAACCCCUCCGCCGUCGAAUCGAUCCGCGAGGAGUGCGACCGCGUGAUGGGGGAGUCGAGAGACGAGGGCGCCACGUUCUCGGAGCUCCGGGAGAUGCACCACCUGCACGCGGCGGUGCACGAGAGCAUGCGCCUCUUCCCGCCGGUGCAAUUCGAUUCGAAAUUCUGCGAAAACGACGACGUUUUGCCCGACGGCACUCUUGUCUCGAGGGGAACUAGGGUUACAUACCAUCCGUAUGCGAUGGGGCGAAUGGAGCGGAUUUGGGGGGAAGACCGGCUCGAAUUUGACCCGAGUAGAUGGCUCGAAAACGGAGUUUUCAAGCAGGAAGACCCGUUUAAGUACCCGGUUUUUCAGGGCGGGGUUAGGGUUUGUUUGGGCAAGGAGAUGGCGUUGGUGGAAAUGAAGGCGGUCGCGCUCUCUCUAAUACGAAGGUUCGACAUUCAUGUGACCGGGUCGGGUCAAGGUCCAAAGUUCAUGCCCGGUUUGACCGCCACUCUGCGUGGUGGCCUACCCGCAAUUGUUCAGGAGCGGAAGCAUUAGGAUUUGAAAAAAUAUAUAUGCUUCCACUUCAGAUUUGGACGUACACAACUCGUGUGUGUACAAAACGACCACGUUUUUCACGUGGGAACUGCGGCCGAGCCGCCGAGGGGACGAUCGGUAGGCAAUAGUUAUGGUUCGUGUCUUCGGGCAGUCCGACAUAGCACACACCAUAUGUUUGUACUAUACAUAUGGCGUGGCGUUUGAGUAUUCGUAACUUGUCUUUGUAUUAUAUGCCAGUAUACGCCACAUGUAUAAGAAAAGAUCGUUUUCGCGAGUACUAAAAGAAGAGAAUUGUAAUUAAUUAGAAUAUGGUUCAUAGUUCAUACAAUGUGAAAUCAGAUUCACAUAGUGGAUACAAUAAAUUGGACAUUGUAUUAUUUGUUUAUUAAGGUAGGACCACACAUUAUAAUCAAUUAGAUAAGCCAAAUAGACCAACGUGAAGUGUUUCGUCA